AUGUUGUCAGCUUCUAAGAAAGUUUUGCGCAAUCCAGUGCGUAUUUCAGCGCGUUUUCAAUCUAAGAUUCAAGGACCUGUGAUAGGUAUUGAUUUAGGUACUACGAAUUCUGCAGUUGCUCUUAUGGAGGGUAAGGUUCCUAAGAUUAUUGAGAAUGCUGAAGGUGCGAGAACUACACCAUCUGUCGUUGCGUUUACCAAGGACGGAGAGCGUUUGGUUGGUAUUCCAGCCAAGAGACAAGCUGUUGUGAACCCUGAAAACACUUUGUUUGCUACCAAACGUUUGAUCGGUAGACGUUAUGAGGAUGCGGAGGUUCAAAGGGAUAUUAAACAGGUGCCAUACAAGAUUGUUAAGCACUCGAAUGGUGAUGCUUGGUUGGAGGCUCGUGGUCAAACAUACUCUCCAGCUCAGAUUGGGGGGUUUGUUUUGAACAAGAUGAAGGAGACUGCCGAGGCUUACAUGGGUAAGAGCAUUAAGAAUGCUGUUGUUACUGUUCCAGCCUACUUCAAUGAUUCACAAAGGCAGGCUACGAAAGAUGCUGGCCAAAUUGUUGGCUUGAAUGUUGUACGUGUUGUGAACGAGCCUACUGCUGCUGCUUUGGCUUAUGGUUUGGAAAAGGAGGCGUCCAAGGUUGUUGCUGUGUUUGACUUGGGUGGUGGUACUUUUGAUAUCUCUAUCUUGGACAUUGAAAAUGGUGUCUUUGAAGUGAAAUCAACCAAUGGUGACACCCACUUGGGUGGUGAAGAUUUUGACAUAUAUUUGUUGAGAGAGAUUGUCAAGCAGUUCAAGCAAGAAUCCGGAAUCGACUUGGAGAACGACCGUAUGGCCAUCCAGAGAAUCAGAGAAGCCGCUGAAAAGGCUAAGAUUGAAUUAUCUUCUACAAUUUCUACUGAAAUCAACUUACCUUUCAUUACUGCCGAUGCCAGCGGACCUAAGCACAUCAACAUGAAGUUUUCCAGAGCUCAAUUUGAACAGCUAACCGAACCAUUAGUUAAAAAGACCAUCGACCCUGUUAAGAAGGCUUUGAAGGAUGCUAGCUUGGCCACUUCAGAUAUCUCCGAUGUUAUUCUAGUUGGUGGUAUGUCCAGAAUGCCAAAGGUUGUUGAAACCGUUAAACAAUUAUUCGGCAGAGAACCAUCGAAGGCUGUCAACCCUGAUGAAGCUGUCGCUAUCGGUGCUGCCAUUCAAGGUGCUGUCAUGGCAGGGGAGGUCACUGACGUUUUGUUGUUGGAUGUCACCCCAUUGUCUUUGGGUAUUGAGACUCUAGGCGGUGUCUUUACCAGAUUGAUCCCAAGAAACACUACCAUCCCAACCAAGAAGUCUCAGAUUUUCUCUACUGCUGCCGCAGGUCAGACUUCCGUCGAAAUCAGAGUCUUCCAAGGUGAAAGAGAAUUAGUGAGAGACAAUAAGUUAAUCGGUAACUUCACAUUGUCUGGUAUUCCACCAGCUCCAAAGGGUGUCCCACAAAUUGAGGUUGCUUUCGAUCUAGACGCUGAUGGAAUUAUCAACGUCUCUGCUAGAGACAAGGCCUCUAAUAAGGACGCUUCUAUCACUGUUGCUGGCUCUUCAGGUUUAUCUGAAAGUGAAAUUGAACAGAUGGUUAAAGAUGCUGAAACCUUUAAGGAACAAGAUGAAAGCAGAAGACAAGCCAUCGAAACUGCCAACAGAGCUGACCAACUCGCUAAUGACACCGAAAACUCUUUGAAGGAGUUUGAGGAGAAGAUUGAUAAGGUUGAGGCUCAGAAGGUUAAGGACCAAAUUACCGCUUUGAAGGAGUUGGUCGCUAGAGUUCAGGCUGGUGAAGACGUCGGUGCUGAAGACUUGAAGACAAAGACUGAAGAGUUGCAAACCUCUUCCAUGAAGUUGUUUGAACAAUUGUACAAGAACGGCAACGCAUCCGAAGGUGAACAACCAAAACAGUAA